AACAUCCUCCCUUAUCUCGAUAAGGCUCCUCUCCCUCGAAGCGAAGCGAGAAACGAAACAGUUCCAAGCUAUGGCGCUCUCUUUGCUCCCAGUGGCUUCACUCUCUCUCCUCAACGGCACAAACAGAAUCGGGGGCAGGGGCUCUCUCUUAGUUUCAAAGAUCUCAUCUUUGCGCUCCCCUUCUCUCCUCCAGAGCUCUUUCCUCUCGCCCGCUUCAACCUCCAUCUCCUUUCCUUCCUCUUUCUCUGGCAUAUCUCUGGGGAUCGAUUUGAGUUCUAAUACAGCAGUAAAACAGAGAUAUCGAGGACUUCAAGUGAGGGCAGGGAAAGCUGCUCUCUGCUUGACUAAAAGGUCAAGAUCUCGGAAAUCACUCGCUCGGACUCAUGGAUUCAGAAGGAGAAUGAGGACUACCAGUGGCAGGGCUGUGUUGAAGAGGCGACGCGCCAAGGGAAGAAAGGUUCUCUGCACAAAAUCGAACCCUAACAGUGGAAAAAGAGCAUAAGUAGUAAAUCAAGCUAGAUUUCGCUGAGUAUGAACAUCUUAAUGUUUUCAAGAUCUUUGUAUGUUCUCGUUGAGUUCUCUUAAGUUUUAACUCUCGGAAUUAUGUGGCAAUAUCUUGCAAAAGAUCAAAUUUAUUGGCUUCCCCUGCA